GAAAAAGUUACUAUUUCAAUCAAAAAAUAUUAUAACAAAAUUACGCCUAUUCGCUCAGUCACGACCUUGCCGCUGCGAGCGGGGAGCGACGAAAGUGAGCAAUAUGGAUUAUUAAAGGUAUUUUAAUGUUUUCAGCUAGCAACGAAGCGCUGCUCAUUGUAGAAAAGGGCGUGGUAUUGACCGAGCGAAUCGCUACAGCGGCGCGCGGUACGGGGUGCGGCGGGAACAAAGUAAUCGAACUAUCGAAUGAGUUCGUAGCCGAGUGGCCGCCACACAAAGCGGCACGGACAGCGGUUUGUAAGGGACGGAUUCAAUAGCGCAGUAAAUUAAAAUAUUUUAUAGGAUUUUAUGGCGGAAAUGAAUACGGAAACGUUUAUAACAGAAAUUUUAAAUCGACCGCCUAUAUGGAUGUCGAAACAUCCACAACAUAAACAUAAAUACGUCGUUAAUAGGUUGUGGGAAGAAAUAAAACAAUGUUUUCCAACAUAUGAUGUUCCGACAUUGAGGAAAAAAUGGAAAAAUCUUAAGGAUUCCUAUAGAAAAGAAUUAAAAAAGAAUCCGCCUUUACGCUUUGGUAACACAGACCUUAACGACGAAGACUGUACGCCACAGUGGAAAUAUUUUAACCUAAUGACAUUUUUAAGAGAAGAAAUUUUACCAGUAGACGAUGAGAUCAAUCUUACUGAUAACGAAGAUUUGGAUACUUCUACUCUAUUUGAAUUACAAUCUUCGCUAGCGGCGCCAUUAUCCCAACCUUCAAAAUCUGAAAAGACCGAUUCUCGUAAACGCAAAGUAAAAGAUUAUCGAGGUGAAUUCUUAGAAAUAGAAAGAAAGAAAAUAAGAAUGUUAGAAAAAGAAUUGAAGAAAAGUCAAACACCAGAUAUAGAAAAAACAGAGGAUUAUUAUUAUCUUAUGAGCAUUUUGCCUGAAAUGCAAAAACUCAGUUCUAUACAGAAAAUGAGAGUAAGAAAUAAAAUAAAUCAAAUUCUGAUGGACGAAAUGGUUUCGAAUACAUUAGGACAUUCCUCAAUUGAUUACGAAAGUAAACCAACAAGAGAUAUGGAAAUCAGCAAUACAGCAAUGCAUCAUUUUCAUCAAAUGAAUCCGUAGAUAGCGAAAUUCUGUACUCUGAUUUUUGAACUCCUUAAAUAAUUAUAAGUUACUUAUUAAUAAAAUAAGACUGAUUAUUUUA